AUGUCAUUCGGGAUAACCAAUAUUGAGCUUCCACUUGCGAAAUUAUUGUAUCAGUUUGACUGGAAGCUUCUUUAUGGAGAUAAUCCAGAAGAUCUAGACAUGACUGAAGUCUUUGGUGCAAUAGUUGACCCGACAGACGUUCUUCUAAGAGUUCAGGAGCAGGGUAAUCUUGAUAUCCCCUUAGAUAUGACAACCGUCAAAGCAGUUAUCUUGGACAUGUUCAUUGCCAGGGUCGAGACAUCAUCUACAACUUUAAUUUGGGCAAUGUCCAAAAUAUUGAAAAACCCAAGAGUUAUGGAAAAGGCACAAGCUGAGGUGAGACGUGUUGUAUGUCAAAAAAGAAAUAUUCUUAAUGAAGAUGACCUCUAUGACUUGAAUUACUUAAGGUUAGUUACCAAAGAAACUCUCAGAAUACACACUCCUGGUGCUCUAUUACUUCCGAGAGAGAGCAGAGAGAGAUGUGAAAUCAAUGGAUAUAAGAUACCUGCGAAAACCCAAGUCAUUGUUAAUGCAUGGGCAACUACUAGGGAUCCUAAAAAUUGGAGUGAUUCAGAGAGCUUUCAGCCAGAGAGAUUCCUUGACAGUUCAGUUGAUUACAAGGGGACUCAUUUUCAAUACACACCAUUUGGUGCUGGAAGGAGAAUAUGUCCUGGCAUGUCAUUCGGGAUAGCUAAUAUUGAGCUUCCACUUGCAAAUUUAUUGUAUUAGUUUGACUAGAAGCUUCCUGAUGGAGAGAAGCAAGAAGAUCUAGACAUGACUGAGGUAUUUGGUGCAGCAAUUGGCAGGAAAAGAGAUUUGUGUGUGAUUCCAAUUCCUUAUCAUCCUUUAGCUUAUGAUAUUAAAACAAGAAGGUAG